AUGGUGGUGAUGCGAGAAAAGAGAAAAGCAGGUGGUGAGAGAGUUUUCGUGAAUUUGUCGAUUUCUUGGUAUUUAGUAUUCCAUCCGUUUCAUACUGAGACUACUUUGGCAAGAGAAGUUUAUGAUCAUCCUUUGACGUCACAUACCUUUGAAAUUCGUGCAUGGGUUAAUGUUUCUCAAGAUUAUGAUAAGACCAUGAAGAGGAAUUUGUUGAUUCGUAUUUUGGAAGUAGCUUCCCAAAAAAAACGUGGAGAUUACGAGAAGAGUAGUGAGGAUACAUUGGGAGAAGACACGCUCAAAUGCUUGAAGGGUAAGAAAUAUCUCAUUGUCAUGGAUGACAUAUGGGGCAUUAAAGCAUGGAAUGAUAUCCAAAGAUCACUCCCUAAGGAAUGCAAUGGCAUAUUUGGGAAGAAAUGUUGCCCACUGGAGUUGGUUGGCAUCAGUGAGCAUAUAGCAGAAAAAUGUGAAGGACUACCACUAGCGAUUGUCGCAAUAGCUGGCAUUCUGACAGUGGAAGAGAAGACACUUGACAUGUGGGAGGAAGUUUCCAGACAUUUAAGUUCUAUCAUUGCCAAAAACCAAAACGGCUGCAUGGAGAUACUAGAACUUAGUUACAAUCACCUGCCUCUUCAUUUGAAAGCGUGUUUUGUUUACAUUGGAGGAUUCCCUGAAGAUUAUGAAAUCCUCGUACGCAAGUUGAUAUGGUUAUGGAUUGCGGAGGGAUUCAUUCAACAAAGGGAAGGGGAUAAAAGCUUGGAGGACAUAGCAAAAGAUUACUUAAGCAGUCUUAUUGAUAGAAGUCUCGUAAUGGUAGCUAGGAAAAGGUCCUUUGGAGAACUUAAAGUAUGCCGUAUUCAUGAUCUUCUGCGUGAAUUAUGCUUGAAAAAAGCCGAAGAGAAUGAUUUCCUUGUGCGAAUUUACGAGGAUGAUACUUUUUCACCUUCUGCUGCAAGUAAGCGUCGGCGCCUCUUCAUUAGCAGCCAGAUCUUUUGUGAGUCUUUCUUAAGGCCUUUUUCUCGAAACCUUCGUUCUCUUCUGUGCCUCUGCUUGCAAAACUCCUCUUCAGUAUUUCGAAAAAAUCUGUCAUUCUUUGUUGAAGAUGAAGACUUUAAACUUCUCACUCUUAGGGUGCUGUGUUUUCCCUCCGCUGCUUUCCAUGGAAAAAUAGAAAGAAUGCAUCAUUUGAGAUACUUGGCAUUUCAGGUACCAGCUGACACAUGGGACUGUUUAUCGCCUUUUACCAGCUGCCUCUUGAACCUAGAAACCCUUACCUUUCAGUCGGAUUCCUUGUUUGAGAAAACCAUUCCGUUGCCUCUCGAUAUAUUUAAGAUGGUUAAGUUGAGGCAUCUAUAUGCUAAAAAAGGGUGCCGAAAUUUCUUGGUAAGGACUCUCAAUCUUAAGAAACUUGGAUUUUAUGGAGAACUAAUAUCCAAUGAUUUAGUUUUGAUGCUCCCUGACCUAGAGUUCUUGAAAUGCCUUGAGAAGCUCAGUUUUAACAACUGCCGCAAUUGGAUCGAGGCAACUAGUGUUCCGCCAGUGACGAAGUUUCCUCCGACUAUUACGCAUCUAACUUUGAAGAAUAUACGCUUAAAUUGGAAGGAGCUAUCAAUCCUCCAAACCUUGCCGAGCCUUGAGGUUCUCAAAUUAUCAGACGGGGCCUGUAAGGGACAAAUUUGGAACACAAGCGAACUUGAGGGGUUCUCUCAACUCAAGUACUUGAGGUUACAAGAUCUGGACAUCCGAGAAUGGAAUGCUUCUGAAGAUCAAUUUCCGAGACUUGAGGUCUUAGUGGUUAAACAAUGCUUUUAUCUGGAGCGGAUCCCAAUUGAUUUUGCUAAUCUAAACGAACUUCGCGAAAUUGAGGUAAAGUGGAGCAGUCGCACUACGGAGGAAUCGGCUAGAGAGAUUCAGGAAGAGCAAAGAAAUACAAGAGGAGAUGAGAUUGCAUAA